AUGAACUCCCUCCGAAACGCGGGCAACUACAUCUCCAACAAGACCAAAGGAGCCGGCCACUCGGCAAGCAAAGAGACCAACAAGCAGAUUGCCAAAGAUCCCAAUGUGCGAACCUCUACGCGCCUGAGAGCCGCUGGCGACGCUGUCAAGGAUAAAGUGCACGAGACGAGCCAUAAUCGACAGGCUGAUGUUAACAAACAAGCUGCGAAACACAAUUACUAA